ACAGUUUUUGAACAGUAGCAAAUCUUCUCUUACCACAAGCAAACAGGUGGUCCUUUCGUGUCAACCAUGUACCAACUUCUGAGAUCCGUCCUGCCAGUGCUGCUAAUUGCAGCAUCAGUUCCCCACACCUGCAGUGGCGAUAAAAUGGACGAUAGUAAUUCCGGCAACCUGAUUGUGGGCGGCUUCGUGGUCAGCAUCGAUCAGGUCCCAUACCAAGCGGCCGUUCUCUAUAACGGAAAGUUCAGCUGCGGUGGGAGCAUUAUCGGGCCACGCUGGAUUCUGACGGCUUUGCACUGUAUCCAAACGAUGGAACCGUCUGAGUAUCAAAUCGUGGUCGGCACCGAUGACCCCGAAAAUGGCACCAAGCUGCAGGUGGAGAAUAUGUUCGCACCUCCAUUCCUUAUCAAUGGCAGCGUGUUCGACAUUGCAUUGGUGAUGCUGCGCAAACGUUUGGAGUACAAUGAAAAGGUACAGUGUUUGCCGUUGUUGAAAUCGAUCGAAGAGAUUGCCGUGGGGAAGCCGGUGGUCAUCUCUGGAUUUGGAUCCACAGAGGAAGGAGGCUAUGAGACGGUACUGAAGGCGGCAAACGUCAACAUACUACCGUUGGAGGAGUGCGUAAAGGCAUACGGUCUGCUGAUCCACGAGCAUAUGUUCUGUGCGGGGUACAGGGAAGGUCAGGUGGAUACUUGCCAGGGUGAUUCGGGCGGACCGCUGGUGCUGGAUAGUAAGCUGGCCGGUGUUAUUUUCUAUGGAGAAGGUUGCGCAAGAGAGCACUAUCCCGGUGUGUACAUGUCGGUACCGUGGUUCUACGAUUGGAUCGUUAAUACGGGUGACUCGGGCGGACCACUGGUCGUGGAUGGUCAGCUGGCCGGUGUUGUGUUCUUUGGGAAAGGUUGUGCGGAUCCUAACCAUCCCGGUGUGUACAUAUCGGUACCGUGGUUCUACGAUUGGAUAGUUGAAGCGGCACGCAACCAGUCGAAUGCUGAAAAUCGAGAGCUUUGUACUACAUACGUAUCAGUAGGUACGCAAAAUCGCUCACAAAAAACAUUUAAAUGCUGCAUACUUUCUCUCGAAUAUUAUCAUUCGUUGUAUUCCUUUCGUUUAAGUAACAUGGGCGUUCUAAGGCAAGCCGACCUGUUGGUCGUGAUGUUGGCAGCAGUUGUGCUUCCAUUCGCCUGUGCUCAAAGGCUGAAGGAUAAAGACUGGAGCAACAUGAUAGUGGGUGGUAUGAAGGUGGAAAUUGAAGCAGUACCUUACCAGGCGGCAAUGUUGUUCUCGGAAUCGGUGGAAUGUGGGGGAAGCAUUAUCGGACCGCGCUGGAUUGUAACGUCGCGCCACUGCAUCAACCAGCACGAACCGGUCAACUAUGCAUUUGCAGUCGGCAGCACCGACCCAUACAAGGGCAAAAUAGUAAAGGUGGAGAAGUUCUUUGUUCCUCCGGAAUCGUCGAACGAUGAUACAUACGAUAUAGCGUUGGCGAAGCUGGCAGAAUCUUUGCAGUACAGCAAAGCAGUGCAGUGUAUUCCGCUACUAUCGUCCAAGGAUGCAAUCGUCCCUGGAAAACAGGCGUACAUCUCUGGCUUUGGAGUCACAGAGGAGAACAAUGCUGAAGUGUUAAAGGCCGCCACCAUCGAAGUGCUACCGUGGCAAACCUGUCAGCAAGUUUAUCCUGAUGUGAUGCGCGAGUUUAUGCUGUGUGCCGGGAUUUUGGCUGGUGGGGUGGACUCGUGCCAGGGUGACUCGGGUGGCCCAUUGGUGCUGGAUAACCAGCUGGCUGGAGUGGUCUUCUAUGGGAUAGGUUGCGGGGAGCCAAACCAUCCGGGUGCGUACAUAUCGGUACCGUGGUUCUACGAUUGGAUUGUUGGCAUAGUAAGCAAUCAGUUAAGUACUGAAGAACAAGAGCUUUACGUCACCCAGUGCAUUUCCUUUGAACACUAUUAUUCGUUGUGUUUCUUUCCUUUCAGCAAAAUGUGUGUUUUACGGCAAGUCGGCCUGCUGGUCGUGGUAUUGGCAACAAUUUCACUGCCAAUCUCCAGCGCCCAGCAGCAGAAGGAGGAACAGGAUGAUAGUGCGACCAACAUGAUAGUGGGAGGUAUGAAGGUGGACAUUGAACAAGUGCCAUACCAGGCGGCUAUCCUCACCUUGGGACAGGUGCAUUGUGGUGGAAGCAUCAUCGGACCGCGCUGGGUUCUGACGGCGUACCACUGCGUCGACUGGCUCCUUCCGAACUUCUACGAAGUUGCAGUCGGUAGCACCAAUCCAUACGAGGGCCAAAGGAUCUUGGUGCGGGAGUUGUUUGUGCCUCCGGAAACAUUGAGCGAUCCGAACUUCGAUAUAGCACUCGCGAAGCUGGCCCAUACAUUGCAGUACAGCAGCACAGUGCAGUGCAUUCCGCUACUAACAUCGGAUAGCAGUCUUAUCCCCGAUACUCCGGCGUAUAUCUCUGGCUUUGGUUAUACAAAGGAAAGGGCCAGUGACAAUAUACUGAAGGCCGCUCAAAUCAAGGUGCUUCCGUGGGACUACUGUCAGCAGGCUUACCCUUAUUUGAUGCGGGAGUUUAUGCUGUGUGCUGGGUUUAAGGAAGGUAAGGUGGACUCGUGCCAGGGUGACUCGGGCGGCCCGCUCAUCGUGAACGCUAAGCUGGCCGGUGUUGUUUUCUAUGGGGAAGGUUGUGCGAGACCGCACUUUCCCGGUGUGUAUAUAUCGGUACCGUGGUUCUCCGAUUGGAUUAUUGAAGUGGUGGUUCAACAGUCAACUCAGCUGGAAGGAGAGCUUUGUGCAGUGUAAAUCAUUUGACUUAAACUCCUGCAAGCACUGUGAAGCAUCGGUUCUUUUUGUAAUAAACAAUCUUGCUCAGUUGUAGCUUA